GAUGGAGGAUUAGUGGUGGUGGCUGAUCUGCUGUAAUGAGAUCAGAGCUGUGGAGGCUUUAGCGUGACGCGCUGCUGCUCAUUCACACCUCCAUGCUGCUGCAGGACGCUGCUCAGCUGCUUCAGGACCUCCAUGGCAGACCCCCCCAGGUAUGGACUGUCCUGACCUGCAGCUCGGCAUUAUGGCUCUGAAUCCAGGAGUUAAACCUCUAAACUGAAGGAUCUCAGACCUGCAGCUGUUUCUUAUUGAUUCUGGACUUUCAGUGACUUCAGUAGCUUCAGUCGGUUUUCAGAGACGACAAAAUGCCGUUCAUGCCAGUGAAGUUCACCCUGCAGAAGCGGGUGAAGCUGGCUCAGGGCGUGUGGAUCCUCUACUGGCUCUCCGUCAUUGUGGGAAUCGUCAUCUUCAGCCUCGGCAUCUUCUUCAAGAUCGAGCUGCGCAAGAGGAGCGAGAUGAUGGACAACAACGAGAGCCACCUGGUGCCCAACCUGCUGAUGCUGGUGGGAGUGUUGGCCUGCGGGAUCAACGCCUUUGGGGGGAAGGUCUGCCACGACUCCCUGGACCCCAACAAGUUCUCCAAGUGGAAGCCGAUGCUGAAGAUGUUCCUGCUGCUGUGCUGUGGCUUCAACGUGCUGCUGCUGCUGGUGGCGCUGCUCUGCUUCCUCAUGCAGUUCGCCGUCUACCUGACGCUGGCCGAGGGCCUGAAGAACGGGAUCAAGUUCUACAAGGACACGGACACGCCGGGACGCUGCUUCAUGAAGAGGACGCUGGACAUGACGCAGAUUGAGUUCCGCUGCUGCGGCAACAACAACUUCAGGGAUUGGUUCGAGGUGCAGUGGAUCAGCAACCGCUACCUGGACAUGAGCAACGACGUGGUCAAAGACCGUGUCCUUAGUAACGUGGAGGGGAAGUACCUGAUGGACAGCGUCCCGUUCAGCUGCUGUAACCCCGGCUCGCCCCGCCCCUGCAUCCAGCACCACCUGACCAAUAACUCCGCCCACUACGACUAUGACCACCGCACCGAGGAGCUCAACAUCUGGGUCCGCGGCUGCCGGGAGGCGCUGUUCUCCUACUACAGCAGCAUGAUGAACAGCAUCGGGGCGCUCGUCAUCCUCACCAUCGUCCUGGAGUCGGUGGACAUGGCGGGCCUGAAGUACCUGUGCACGGCUCUGGAGACCAUGACGGAUCCGGAGAACCCGGAAUCUGAGAGCGAAGGCUGGCUGCUGGAGAAAGGUGUCAAGGAGACGCUGGCUGACGUGCUGAGCAAGGUGAAGAUGAUGGGGAAGACCAACCAGGUGGAGGAGGGCGGGGACGCACCUGAGGCGUGAUAGCCCCGCCCACCACGGAGGACUGAGGCUCCCCCUCCCCUCACCACCAACCGCCACCUCCCCUAACGAGGGAGAAGCAGGAGUUCACCUGUUGUGUUCACACACUAAAACACACACACACUAAAACACACACACUUGUUCAAAGUGAACAAGUCAUAUAAAGCUGUGGAUAUUUUCUGUAAAUAUGUUGAACAAAGUUUAUUUUUCAUUUACUGUACCUAAAGCUCAGGAUUCAGAUUCAGUCACCGCCCUUCAGUACGAGCUGUCGGCCUGAUGCCGGUCUUCACCUGAUUCGCUGCUAAACUGCUGACGUCUGAGCACUGAAGUGUUUCAGUUUCCAUUUCUCCAGCUCAGAGCACCAAGCAUUUAAAAAAGCUCUUUUUACAUUUUGAGGAUUUUUGCCAAACGUGUAGUUUACCUGAAACACAAACGUCUCAGUAAGGGUUGGGCUCUUUACUGUCGCAGCCCAACCUCUGAUGGUUGGCAUGGAAACAGAUGGCCGAACACACAAAUAAAAAGCUAAAAUGCUUAGUAGUGCUACUUCUGACCAAAGGUAUUUAAACAGGUAUUAUAGGUGUACAUACAGGUAUUUAAAUGAUGAUUCAUGAUUUUUCCUAUGUAAGCGUCUUUUUAACAUUUUCUUUAUGGAGCAAACAGCUUCUUUGGCAUGUUGUAUAUUUUGUUGUUAAGCUGAGCAGCUAGCUAACAUAGCUAAUGAUGACGCUGGACUGAGCCUGGCAGACCGAGCUCAGGGUGAACAUGUGGCCAUCUGGUUCCCUGUCGGGGGGGAUUCUGGUUCCGACCCAAACAUGAAUGUCUUUUACCGUCACACUGCAGCCAAACAAACCAGCACACAGUGAAGCAGUGCUGGUGUGUACUGGGAGUACUGGGCAGGAAGCAGCUUCACAGUGUGCAGCUCUGAGGUCAGUACGUUCAGUCAGUAGUCACUCAGGUUUUCACUGACAUGUAAGAUUUGUAUGUUUCUGACUUGUGAUGUUUUCAGUCUGAUGUUUUGGGUCGGAUGGAGUUUGUAGUUGCCAUGUACGAUAAGAUUAAAAAAGAUGAGACUGUA